AUGAAGUUUUCAGAGAAAGCAAAGGUGAAGAUCUUGCCUAAACCAUCGCCAAUGGUUCCGCAAGUGCUGACUCCGUCUCUAUUGGUGCCGGUUCAACAGUCACCUGUAUCAUCUAGUCCUUCUGUAACUGCACCUAGAAGCAAAAAGAGAUUGAAAUUAGUGUCAAGCGCGGGUGCUUCUCCUUCUGUUUCUUCUACUGAACACAAAAAACAACGCAGAACGAGUACUACUACCACUGCUGCCGCUACUACUGCUACUGCUACUGCUACUGCUAUUGCUUCACCAAUAGAACAAGUGCCUCCGUCUCCGUCGCUUGCAGCAACACCAAGACCAUCUAAACAAACUGGUCAUAGACCAGUGACAUCGUGUACUUUUUGUCGCCAGCACAAAAUUAAGUGUAAUGCUUCUGAUAACUACCCACAGCCCUGUAAACGAUGCGAACGAAUGGGUUUGAAGUGUGAAAUUGAUCCCGAGUUUAGACCUAAAAAGGGAUCUCAAAUACAAUCUUUGAAACUGGACGUGGAUGAAUUGAAAGCCAAAAUUGAAAUGUUGACUAAAAAUGAGUCGUUACUAACUCAAGCAUUGAAUCAACAUAAUUUGAACUUUUAUAAUCAACAAUCAUCACUGGGAUUGACACCUCAUUCUACAUUUCAGACGUUGUCACAACCUCCUCCUCCUCCUCCUCCUCCUUCUUCAUCAUCAUCAGCUCCACCUCAUUCUAAUGCUCCUCAUUUACAAACGCGUAGGAGUAAUUCCUACCCAGUGCUUCAUCAUGGAAACUCAGUGGUUUCUCCUUCUAUUCAUUCUAGUCAUGACAGCACACACGUGUCCCCAGUACCUUCUGUAACCAGCAUCCAACAAAAUGCACCGUUGAUGCAUGACAAUUCUGAUAACUCCCCUUGCUCUACAAUGAACACGCCGGAGAUCAAGGACGAAAAUUUUCAACCGAUAUCCGAAUUCAUCUUGGGAGAUGUUAAAUUACCAUUGGCUAAAGCUAAUAAGUUACAUGACAGAUUUAUGACAAAGCAUUUGAAUUUCCUACCUAUAAUUAUAUCCCGAUCAGCAACAGAAUUGUAUCAUAAAUCAAACUUGUUAUUUUGGAGCGUGAUAUUGACUGCAAGUUUGUCUGAACCGGAACCAACUUUGUAUAUGUCCUUGGCUUCGUUGAUCAAACAAUUGGCAAUUGAAACGUGCUGGAUCAAAACUCCAAGAUCAACACACGUUAUUCAAGCGUUGGUUAUUCUUUCUAUAUGGCCAUUGCCCAAUGAGAAAGUACUAGAUGAUUGUUCUUAUAGAUUUGUUGGCUUGGCCAAGAAUCUUUCGUUACAGUUGGGAUUGCAUCGUGGUGGAGAAUUUAUUCAAGAAUUUAGUAGGAACCAAGUAAGCUUGGGGCCAGAUGCCGAAAGGUGGAGAACUAGAUCUUGGUUGGCACUCUUCUUUUGUGAACAAUUUUGGUCUUCUGUGUUGGGAUUGCCACCUUCUAUUAAUACCACUGAUUAUCUUUUGGAAAAUGCUAGGGUUGACCAGUCUUUGCCUAAGGAGUUCAGGUGUUUGAUAUCAUUAAGCAUAUUCCAGUGUAAGUUAGUAAAUGUUAUGGGAAUUAGUGUUACUCGACCUGACGGGUUGUUGGAACCGUUGAACAGAGCAGGAUCAUUGAAUUUGUUAGAUCGAGAAUUGGAGAGAUUAAAAUUCAAAUUACAAUUUGAUAACGGGUCGCCUAUUGAAGUUUACCACUUGUAUCUUAAAUUGAUGAUCUGUUGUUUUGCCUUUUUGCCAGGUACACCAAUCGAGGAUCAAGUUAAAUAUGUGAGUUCGGCAUAUUUGUCCGCAACAAAGAUUGUUACCAUUGUUACCCAAAUGUGUCAGGAAAUCUCAUUGAUUGAAUUGCCAAUAUACAUCAGACAAGCUGUUACAUAUUCUGUGUUUUUGUUAUUUAAACUUCAUUUAUCAAAGUAUUUGAUUGACAAAUAUGUUGAUAGUGCAAGACAAUCGAUUGUUACUGUGCACAGGUUAUUUAGAAACACUUUGGGCUCUUGGAAAGUGUUACAAAAUGAUAUCUCAAGAACAGCAAAAGUAUUAGAGAAUUUAAACAUGGUGUUGUUAACUUAUCCUGAUAUUUUUAUGAGUGAAAAUGAACAAGGUGCAAGCAUAAUUACGAGAAUGAGAUCGCAUUUAACUGCAUCGUUGUUUUACGACUUAGUUUGGUGUGUUCACGAAGCAAGAAGAAGGAGUAUUCAAGAUAGAGGUAAAAACAAAAAACCAAUUGAAAUCACUGAUAAAAGAUUAAUACCGUUACCGUUUUAUAAUCAAAUCACCAAAGAUGAUUUUAGAACCAUUACAACCACUUCACCAAAUGGUACCACUAUUACUACUUUGGUUCCUACGGACCAUGCAAUGAAUCAUGCUAGAUUACAAGCGUCUGACAGUAACAAGCCCUUGGAAAUCAAUGGUAUUCCUUUAGCGAUGUUGGAAGCCACGGGGUCAACAAGAGAUGGAAUGAGUUGCAAUGGGCAAUCUCAACAAAUAGUACAGAACCCACAACCGCCACAAGAACAAGAUCAUGACCAAGGGCUAUCUCAAGGACAAAUGCUUGAACACCGAGUAGAUCAGCCACCACCUCAAUUACCCUCUCAAUAUCAUGAGCCACAACAACAACAACAACAACAACAACAACAACAACAACAACAACAACAACAGCAGCAUCAACAGCAGCAGCAUCAACAACAACAACAACAACAACAACAACAACAACAACUUCAACAGCAUCAGCAUCAACAACAACAACAACCAUUAUUUACCUUUGGUGCACAAUCACCAUCAUCACAGAAUUUUUUACCUACAAUUGAAGAAGUUGGAGAUGGCGAUAAUCCAAUGUUCAUGUCAAAUGGAAAUGGUCAACUAGCAUUAGUACCGGGUCCCGGUCCGGGUCCGGGUCAAAGUCCAGGACAACGUGGUCUAGGACAGCAAGCCCAAUCAACGGAUAUACAAAUGACUGGAUCAUUUGUAUCUCAAAUAGAUAGUUUUUUCCAACAACAAUCAACUGGAUGGAUGGAUAAUCAAGACGAUGAUUUCCUAGGGUGGUUUGAUGUUAGCAUGUUACCUGAUCAAUGA